AUGUCCAAGGUCCGUGCCGAGCUGCUCUGGAACAUCCCGUUGAACACGAUGCAGCGCGUGAGCGGAAGCGGCAUCAUGGCAGAAUGGGCCCUUCUUCGCGACGAAGUCGUGUGGGGAAAGCGACGGGUGUCGAAGGUAGCAGAAGUCGCAAGUACCAUGUCGCAAGUCUACUGUCACAGCAGUCCAUCCGGCGUCCCGGAGUACGAGCGGUUGGAACUCGCGUCGAUGAAAGACUCGGUCGACAUCCCCACAAACACAGCUCCAGGUGCUACGUCGUCGGCGGCGAUGGGAUCGAACGGCCAUCGUUCUGCCGCUACCAUAGCAUCUCACCACGACGUUCCCCAUUGCGGGACUAAGAGCGGAAGCGGGCGAAGCGAGAUAGGAAGGCGAUUGCGAAGCACAAAGUGA